AUGCUGAAAGAAACGGGUGAGAAAUACCCUCUACCAGAUAUCUACCAGAUAACUGCCAACAACUCACAACCGCAGUGGUUACUGAGGAAUUAUGGGACUUGUUGUCGAGGAAAAGCAGAACAGUUGGCCUUGGAUUUCAGAAAUUUCAAGGGCCCUUUAUGCAAGGGUUGUCAACUCUAA